AUGUCGGUGACGGCGCCAAAUUUCUAUCGCCGGCCGUUGCCGGAUUCGUGCGUCCCGUUUGCAUCGGAGGCGGGGAAGAAAUAUUUUACGGAGAGCUUGAUGGAAGGAAACGCGAAUAUCUACUUCAAGCUUGCCGCACAGUUUAUCACGCAGGACGAGCCGGCGUACUGUGGCCCGAGUAGUUUAGUAAUGUGCCUAAAUGCUUUGGAAGUGGACCCGGGACGAGUUUGGAAAAGCCCGUGGCGCUUCUACCACGAGAGUAUGCUGGAUUGUUGCGUACCAUUGGAGGCGAUUAAAAGAUCCGGCUUGACGAUCUAUCAGAUGCGCUGUUUGGCGAACUGUAAUCGGCUGAAUUGUGAGCUGGUGACGGCAGAUGAGGGGGAUGAAUCACUUUCUACCUUCCGCGCCGACGUCAUGAGGAGUGUUCGUUCGGAUACGACAAUAAUUGUGGCCGGGUAUAACCGGCGGGUUUUAGGGCAAACGGGCGCAGGCCACUUCUCGCCCCUCGGCGCCUACCACAGCGGCUCGGACAGCGUGCUAGUUUUGGACGUCGCCCGCUUCAAGUACCCACCCCACUGGGUCCCGUUGCGUACCCUGCACGAGGCGAUGGCCACCGAGGACCCCUCCACCCAGCAGAAUCGAGGCCACCUCGUGCUGUCGCUACGAAGCGAGACGCGUCCAUUGGUGGUAUUUGGACUGAGGACUACGAUAGCAUGCAAUGACGCUCAUUUUGCCGAAUCAGUGGUGAGCUGGCGUGAAUUUCUACGAGAAGCCCCAAUGGCCGAGGACGCAGACGAAUGGGUGGUUGUCUGCCGCCGAUUCCUCCAAUGCUUUUCCGGACACGCGAUGACGUGCAAGGGAAUUGAGGCUUGUUGCAGGAAUGGGACAAAAGCGACGGAAACUGAUGAGAUGGCCGAGUGUUCGUUGAAGAUUUGCCGGGAAAUCAGACAGACCCAUGUUGCCCAGCUGACGAUGAGCAGUGCCGUGGCAGCGCUGAUGUUGGCCUGGCCCUAUCAGACCGAUUUCUCAAAGCGAUCCACGCGACUCCACGACUACUCGCUCGAAUGGCUAAAAUCUGUCUCCGAGGACACCAGAAAUGAGAUCGCGGUCCUCCAGGAACAAAUUUCCACGAUGAUCGAGUGCACAAAGCCCGUGCCCAAGUUU